GCAGACAUGUCCAUAGCACUCAAGCAAGUCUUUAAUAAAGAUAAGACUUUCCGCCCAAAACGCAAGUUUGAACCUGGAACCCAGAGGUUUGAACUUCACAAACGAGCACAGGCCUCUCUGAACUCAGGCGUGGACUUGAAAGCGGCUGUGCAGUUGCCCAGCGGAGAAGACCAAAAUGACUGGGUGGCUGUCCAUGUUGUUGACUUCUUCAAUAGGAUCAACCUCAUUUAUGGAACUAUCUGUGAGUUCUGCACAGAGAGGACCUGCCCAGUGAUGUCUGGAGGCCCUAAGUACGAGUACCGGUGGCAGGACGAUAUGAAGUACAAGAAGCCCACAGCGUUGCCAGCACCCCAAUAUAUGAAUCUUCUCAUGGACUGGAUCGAGGUGCAAAUCAACAAUGAGGAUAUAUUUCCUACGAGUGUAGGUGUUCCCUUUCCAAAGAACUUCCUUCAGAUCUGCAAGAAGAUACUCUGCCGGCUUUUUCGGGUGUUUGUUCACGUCUACAUCCAUCACUUUGACCGUAUCAUCCUUAUGGGGGCUGAGGCCCACGUCAAUACCUGUUACAAGCAUUUUUAUUACUUUGUGACAGAGCUCAACCUCAUAGACCGCAAAGAACUAGAGCCUUUGGUUUCAUCCUCCCCGCAGCAGCAAUACAAGGAGGAUAAGGAGGAGUACUCCAGUUUGGUGAUACACCACCAUUGGACCGUGGGGUAA